CACUUGCGGUUGUUAUUCGACACCACUCGGCUCAUCUACUCAUGACAUCAAUCGAUCAACCCUCUCUCACUGACAGCUUUGAUCACCUAAUCCUAGCCUCCAUCCAUCCUGAACGCACACGGAAGAUCCGAUGAGCAGCUAGGCGGUAUGAGCAUGAUCGCUCGGCGCCGGCCUGUCUUGGAGACUCGGAAGCUAAUUGGGGUUGGGAGAUCAGGAGAUCAUUUAAUUUGGUUGGGCUUGGGUUAUUAUGUAUGUACACCAGCAUUAGGUCGGCCAGCCGGUGAAGGUACAGUAAUUUCGGCCGAUGUUGUGGAGCUCGAAGGUUGGGCGCGCGCGGUGUUAAACGGGGAUACGCCUACAGGCGGAGUAACGGACCGAACAAACUCCCAGCCCUCGCCGUUGUGGGCGCACUAUUUCGUUUCGGGAUUAGUCAGGGCUCUUCCCUAUAUCUAGUCGUCGAGGGGGGCUUACUCCUAGACCUUACCAAUACCCAAUACACUGCUUUGUUAGCUCCGAGAUACUUUGCCUUCACCGUUCGUUACAAGCUCAAG